CGGGGGUGUCUGGGCCGCCUGCGCCGUGUGUUGCUGAGGCUGCGUCUGGGGUGCGCAGCUCGGGCCCAGCCUCACCCGGGGGAAGCAUCGCAGGUGCUCACGCGCGAUGGAGGCGUCAGCGUCGAGGGUGGGAGUCCGCGCUGCCGGGUGUGUCUGCAGCUCGGGGCGCUGUAGGGUGGGAUGUGACCCCAAGACCGCGGCGGCCUGGCACGUGAUCCGCCACCACCUUCACCUCCCUUCCAUCCUCGACAAGAUGCCUGCUCCCGGCGCUCUCAUCCUUCUUGCGGCUGUCUCCGCCUCCGGCUGCCUGGCCUCCCCGGCCCACCCCGAUGGAUUCGCCCUGGGCCGGGCUCCUCUGGCUCCUCCCUACGCCGUGGUUCUCAUUUCCUGCUCUGGCCUCCUGGCCUUCGUCUUCCUCCUCCUCACCUGUCUGUGCUGCAAACGAGGUGAUGUCGGCUUCAAGGAGUUUGAGAACCCUGAAGGGGAGGACUGCUCUGGGGAGUACACUCCCCCUGCAGAGGAGACUUCCUCCUCCCAGUCACUGCCUGAUGUCUACAUUCUCCCACUGGCUGAGGUCUCCCUGCCAAUGCCUGCCCCACAGCCUUCACACUCAGACAUGACUACCCCGCUGGGCCUUAGUCGCCAGCACCUCAGCUACCUACAAGAGAUUGGGAGUGGCUGGUUUGGGAAGGUAAUCCUGGGAGAGAUUUUCUCCGACUACACCCCCGCCCAGGUGGUGGUGAAGGAGCUCCGAGCCAGCGCAGGGCCCCUGGAGCAGCGCAAGUUCAUCUCGGAAGCACAGCCGUACAGGAGCUUGCAGCACCCCAAUGUCCUCCAGUGCCUGGGCCUCUGUGUGGAAACACUGCCCUUUCUGCUGAUUAUGGAGUUCUGUCAACUGGGGGACCUGAAGCGUUACCUCCGUGCCCAGCGGCCCCCUGAGGGCCUGUCCCCUGAGCUACCCCCUCGAGACCUGCGGACACUGCAGAGGAUGGGCCUGGAGAUCGCCCGCGGGCUGGCGCACCUGCACGCCCACAACUAUGUGCACAGCGACCUGGCCCUGCGCAACUGCCUGCUGACCUCGGACCUCACCGUGCGUAUCGGAGAUUACGGGCUCGCCCAUAGCAACUACAAGGUGGGGGAUGCCUUCGGUCGGGGCGAGGGUCUGAGGGGGUGCCUGAGCCGCCUGACCCCGCCCUGGCCCACCCGCCAGGAGGACUACUACCUGACUCCGGAGCGGCUGUGGAUCCCGCUGCGCUGGGCGGCGCCCGAGCUCCUCGGGGAGCUGCACGGGACCUUCAUGGUGGUGGACCAGAGCCGCGAGAGCAACAUCUGGUCCUUGGGGGUGACCCUGUGGGAGCUGUUUGAGUUUGGGGCACAGCCCUACCGCCACCUGUCAGAUGAAGAGGUCCUCGCCUUUGUCGUCCGCCAGCAGCAUGUGAAGCUGGCCCGGCCCAGGCUCAAACUGCCCUAUGCAGACUAUUGGUAUGACAUCCUGCAGUCCUGUUGGCGGCCACCUGCCCAGCGCCCCUCAGCCUCUGAUCUCCAGCUGCAGCUUACCUACUUGCUCUCUGAGCGGCCACCCCGGCCCCCACCCCCACCACCCCCACCCCGAGAUGGUCCCUUCCCUUGGCCCUGGCCCCCCGCGCACAGUGCGCCCCGCCCAGGGACCCUCUCCUCACCAUUCCCCCUUCUAGAUGGCUUCCCUGGGGCUGACCCUGAUGAUGUGCUCACAGUGACUGAGAGCAGCCGUGGCCUCAACCUCGAGUGCCUGUGGGAGAAGGCCAGGCGAGGGGCCGGCCGUGGUGGGGGUGCACAGCCCUGGCAGCCAGCGUCUGCGCCCCCAGCCCCCCAUGCCAACCCCUCCAACCCUUUCUAUGAGGCAAUGUCUACACCCAGUGUGCUGCCGGUCAUCAGUGCUCGCAGCCCCUCAGUCAGCAGCGAGUACUAUAUCCGCCUGGAAGAGCAUGGCUCCCCACCCGAGCCCCUCUUCCCUAAUGACUGGGACCCCCUGGACCCAGGGGUGCCCGCCCCUCAGGCCCCCCAGGCCCCCUCCGAGGUCCCUCAGCUGGUGUCCGAGACCUGGGCCUCCCCCCUCUUCCCUGCGCCCCGGCCCUUCCCGGCUCAGUCCUCAGCAUCAGGCAGCUUCCUGCUGAGUGGCUGGGACCCCGAGGGCCGGGGCGCUGGGGAGACCCUGGCAGGAGACCCUGCCGAGGUACUGGGGGAGCGGGGCACCGCUCCCUGGGCAGAGGAAGAAGAGGAGGAGGAGGAAGGCAGCUCCCCAGGGGAAGACAGCAGCAGCAUUGGGGGUGGCCCCAGCCGCCGGGGCCCCCUUCCCUGCCCCCUGUGCAGCCGCGAGGGGGCCUGCUCCUGUCUGCCACUGGAGCGGGGGGACGCUGUGGCUGGCUGGGGAGGCCACCCUGCCCUUGGUUGUCCCCACCCCCCAGAGGACGACUCAUCUUUGCGGGCAGAACGGGGUUCUUUAGCCGACUUGCCCCUGGCCCCCCCUACCUCGGCCCCCCCCGAGUUUCUGGACCCCCUCAUGGGGGCGGCGGCGCCCCAGUACCCCGGGCGGGGGCCACCUCCCGCUCCCCCCCCCCCGCCGCCACCUCCUCGGGCCACCGCGGACCCGGCUGGGUCCCCAGACCCCCCAUCGGCGGUGGCCAGUCCCGGCUCAGGGCUGUCGUCUCCGGGCCCCAAGCCGGGGGACAGCGGCUACGAGACAGAGACCCCUUUUUCCCCCGAGGGACCCUUCCCAGGUGGGGGGGCAGCCGAGGAGGAAGGGGUCCCUCGGCCGCGGGCUCCCCCCGAGCCACCCGACCCAGGAGUGCCCCCGCCACCUCCAGACCCGGGUCCGCUCCUACUCCCAGGGAACAGGGAGAAGCCAACCUUCGUGGUUCAAGUGAGCACCGAGCAGCUGCUGAUGUCCCUGAGGGAGGAUGUGACAAGGAACCUCCUGGGGGAGAAGGGGGCGACCGCCCGGGAGACAGGACCCAGGAAAGUGGGGAGAGGCCCAGGGAACAGAGAGAAAGUCCCAGGCCUGGACAAGGACCUGACAGCCCUGGGCAACGGGAACCAAGCCCCAAGCCUGAGCCUCCCCGUGAACGGGACAAUAGUGUUGGAGAACGGGGGACAGAGAGCCCAAGACAUCGAGGGGAAGGUGGCCAUCAAGGAGAAGGAGGCCAUCGAGGAGAAAGCAGUGGAGAAUGGGGCCCUGGGGUCCCCAGAGAGAGAAGAGAAAGCACUGGAGAAUGGGGAGCUGACACACCCAAGGAGGGAGGAGAAAGUGCUGGAGAAUGGGGACCUGAGGUCCCCAGAGGCCGGGGAGAAGGUGCUGGUGAAUGGGGGACCGAUACCCCCAAAGAGCGGGGAGAAGGUGUCAGAGAAUGGGGGCCUGAGAUUCCCCACGAACACGGAGAGGCCGCCAGAGACUGGGCCUUGGAGAGUCCCAGGGCCCUGGGAGAAGAUGCCCGAGAGUGGGGAUCCAGCCCCCAUGAUCGAGGAGCCAGCUCCAGAGACCUCGCUGGAGAAAGCCCCUGCACCCGGCACAGUGGCCUCAUCCUGGAACGGCAGGGAGACAGCCCCUGGCCCCUUUGGCCCAGCCCCCAAGAGCGGGACACUGGAACCCGGGACCGAGAGGAAAGCCCACGAGACUGGGGGGGUGCUGAAAGCCCCCGGGGCUGGGAGGCUGGACCUCGGGAGUGGGGGCCGAGCCCCAGUGGGCACGGGGAUGGCCCCCGGCGGCGGCCCCGGAAGCGGCGUGGACGUAAAGGCCGGAUGGGUAGACAAUAUGAGGCCACAGCCACCGCUGCUGCCACCACCACCGGAAGCACAGCUGAGGAGGCCGGAGCCAGUGCCCCAGAAAGCCAGGCUGGAGGUGGCCCCCGAGGGAGAGCCCGGGGUCCCAGACAGCAAGGCCGGAGGAGACAUGGCACCCAGCGGAGACGAGGACCCCCCCAAGCCCGAGAGGAAGGGCCCGGAGAUGCCACGACUAUUCCUGGACUUAGGACCCCCUCAGGGGAACAGCGAGCAGAUCAAAGCCAAGCUCUCGCGGCUCUCGCUGGCGUUGCCACCGCUCACGCUCACGCCAUUCCCGGGGCCGAGCCCGCGCCGGCCACCGUGGGAGGGCGCGGACGCCGGGGCGGCUGGCGGGGAGGCCGGCGGGGCGGGGGCGCCGGGGUCGGCGGAGGAGGACGGGGAGGACGAGGACGAGGACGAGGAGGACGAGGAGGCAGCGGCGCUGGACGCGGCGGCGGGGCCCCGGGGCUCCGGGAGGGCACGGGCAGCCCCGGUGCCCGUCGUGGUGAGCAGCGCCGACGCGGACGCGGCCCGCCCCCUGCGGGGGCUGCUCAAGUCUCCACGCGGGGCAGAAGAGCCAGAGGACAGCGAGCUGGAGAGGAAGCGCAAGAUGGUCUCCUUCCACGGGGACGUGACCGUCUACCUCUUCGACCAGGAGACGCCAACCAACGAGCUGAGCGUCCAGGGCCCCCCCGAGGGGGACACGGACCUAUCAACGCCCCCAGCGCCCCCGACGCCUCCCCACCCCGCCACCCCCGGAGAUGGGUUUCCCAGCAACGACAGCGGCUUUGGAGGCAGUUUCGAGUGGGCGGAGGAUUUCCCCCUCCUCCCCCCACCAGGCCCCCCCCUGUGCUUCUCCCGCUUCUCCGUCUCGCCUGCGCUGGAGACCCCGGGGCCCCCCGCCCGGGCCCCCGACACCCGGCCCGCAGGCCCUGUGGAGAACUGAUUCCCCGAAGACCCGGCCCCCCUGCACCCCUAGAAGAGGGGUUGAGAGUAGAAUCCUCUGUGGACGAUGGAGCCACUGCCACCACCACAGAUGCCGCCUCUGGGGAGGCCCCAGAGGCUGGGCCCUCCCCAUCCCCCACCAUGUGCCAAACAACGGGAGGCCCUGGCCCCCCACCCCCCAGCCCUCCCGAUGGCUCCCCUGAGCCUCCCGACCCCCUCGGUGCCAAAUGAGGCAGGAAGCCCCUUGUCCCUACUUAGACAGCCACCUUUCUUGGAACUGAACUGAACUCUUUUGGGCCUGGAGCCCCUUGGCAUAGCAGAGGUCCCUCCUCACCCACUCCUGGACCCAGACAGGGGCCAUAGGCUUUGGGGACCUGGAGCCCCCCAUCUCAUAUUUCCCCUACCCUUCCCCAGCCCAGCUCCUGGAGGGGCCUCUGAUUCAGACCUUCGCGUGGCAUUUUCACAUUAUUUAAAAAAGACAAAAACAACUUUUUGGAGGAA